CAGACUUGAAAACAGUAUGGAUGACUUGUUUACAUCCAACUAGAUCUAGAUCUAAAAAGCUUUUACAAAGAACGUGCGUAUAAUUUACAGACGAUGAUUACAAGGACGGGACUUACAAGCAAAUUCACACAAUCGACAGCCGAGGAGAGGAAAGUCACUGAUGCGCAGACAAAGAAACAAGCGUCUCUAUCAAGUCUUCCGAUGGAAAUACUAGAACAUAUUUUUAGCUUUAUGCACAGAGAUGAUCUCCUACAGGCCAUGUCUGUGUGCACAAGCUGGCAGUCUCUUAUUUACAACAGUCCAAAUCUUUGGACUAAACAAACAUUCAUUUUGGACUGCGCUCUCCACGCCAACAAAAAGAAAAAAGUCGAAAUGUUUUUUUGUGCACACAAUUUCGGGCCACAUUUUCGAACGCUGACAGUCGACUGCCGACAUCCUUACUGGCAUAACUGCAGAGAAAUGGCCAACAAGUUCAACCUGUUUGUAUCCGGUUUAAGAGCGCCUGCACUGACCUCGUUUAUCGUCUCUGAUCUUCAUUUGGACAGCGCCAGUAGGAUUGUCAUUAACAAAAUUAGCAAGACAUUGACGCAAAUGUUCACCAUGGUCUGUCAUCUAAAGGUCUUUGAGAUGCCGGCCGCCCAUUGGCCGAAAGCACUGGGCCGAGAGCUCUUGGAUACCGUGUUUCAGAAAUCAAGAAACACUCUGGAAACAUUGGAUAUUUCCGAUUAUUUCAUCUUUCAAAAUGGGAUACCUGUCUCCUGGGAUUGGUUCUCAACAGGUCUGACGUCGUUGACAAAGUUAACUAAACUUUCUAUCACGAUAUACCAUCUCACAGAUGAAAUCGUUUUGUCUCUUGCCCGAACCAGAAGAGGCCAACUGACGCAUCUCUCCCUAAUGGCCAACUAUAUAUUUGAGAACUCAGUAAAACGUGAUAGCUGGAUCUAUCUGAGGAAUGCAUGUCCCAAAAUGGCUGUCGAAAUCACGAUAGACGGUUUUGUUUACGAACCCCAUGAGGCUAUUCCUUAUUUCUUUGAGCCGCUGGAACUUCCUGUUGGGCUACUAAACAUGACACUAACAAAGGGUUGUCACCCUCGAACAAUGUCUGUAACUGAGAUGGAAAUCGCGUUGGAUUACGUCAGUAGCCAUUACUGUCAAUCCCUCAAGAAUUUUACACUUGGCGUUUACAACAAGAAAGAUGAGAACUUUGACCAGUCCUUGAUCAAGUUAGUUAGAGAUUGUCCAUUUCUGGUCAACGUAAAGGUCUCAGCUUUCUUCAACUCGGGUGAUACAGCCAAGACAAUUGACAAAAUAGUCGCAGACAGGCUUCCACCAUUACUCACUAGCACUGCUCCAGAGAACAAAUACGUUCACAUUGAAGACUAUUCGUUUCAGUUUCAGGACCGCUUAGAAUUGUUUUUGCACUAGAAUCAAGACUUGAUUUUCGUUUUAGCGUAGUUUGCAAAUGUAACAGCGAACUCUAAGAAUAGCCUAAAUGUAUGUCUAUAAAUAUAAAUUUUAAUUAUAGCAAUGCGAUGACAUUUAUUUACUUCGACUGUAAAUACUUUAUAUAAUUUAAGUUCAAUAAACUCAUU